CGCAUAAUUUUACCUGCAUCGCCCAGCCGGAGUAGAGCUGCAAUUGUCCUUCGCCUCCGGCGAUCCUCCCACAUCUGAACGCCUCCCGCCGGCCGUCGUACUACUACCUCGGAAAAAAUGAAGCAUGUCCUGGAGGUAAAUAAGACGGAGACACCGGCGGCCUCCGGCAAGGACGUGGAUAUCGAGGCAAUCGCUGGCCUCAGAGGGGACGAUCAUUCGGGGCAGGAGCCGGCAUGGAGACGGUUUCUGCGCCACGUUGGACCAGGCUUCAUGGUCUCCUUGGCCUACCUUGAUCCCGGGAACUUGGAAACUGAUCUACAGGCCGGCGCGAACCACAGAUAUGAGCUCCUCUGGGUGAUUCUAAUCGGACUCGUGUUCGCGCUAAUCAUACAAUCACUCUCAGCCAAUCUUGGAGUUGUUACAGGGCGACAUCUUGCCGAGCUGUGCAAGUCAGAGUAUCCUGUCUGGGUCAAAAUCUGCCUCUGGUUGCUCGCAGAGGUGGCUGUCAUUGCUGCAGACAUCCCAGAAGUUAUAGGGACAGCAUUCGCUUUCAAUCUCUUGUUCAACAUCCCCGUAUGGAUCGGGGUUCUCAUUGCUGGCGCAAGCACGCUUCUUCUUCUCGGCCUACAAAGAUACGGGGUACGGAAGCUGGAGUUCGUAGUCGCUCUCCUGGUUUUCGUCAUGGCAGCAUGCUUCUUCGUGGAGAUGAGCAUUGUGAAGCCUCCGGCUAAGGAGGUGCUCAAGGGAAUGUUCAUCCCAAAGCUCAACGGGUCCAGCGCCACAGCCGACGCCAUUGCCUUACUUGGGGCUCUCGUCAUGCCGCACAACCUAUUCCUGCACUCUGCCCUGGUGCUGUCAAGGAGCACACCCGCGUCAGUGAAAGGAAUGAACGACGCUUGCAGAUUCUUCCUCUUCGAGAGCGGCAUCGCGCUGUUUGUGGCGCUGCUCGUCAACAUCGCCAUCAUCUCUGUCUCCGGGACCGUCUGUAACGCAGGAAACCUGUCGCCGGAAGAUGCCACCAAGUGCGGCGACCUCACAUUGGACUCGUCUUCCUUCCUACUCAAGAAUGUGCUUGGCAGGUCGAGUGCCAUCGUGUACGGCGUGGCUCUCUUGGCCUCUGGGCAGAGCUCGAGUAUCACCGGCACCUACGCCGGGCAGUACAUCAUGCAGGGGUUCCUGGACAUCAAGAUGAAGAAGUGGGUGCGGAACCUGAUGACCCGCAGCAUCGCCAUCGUCCCCAGCUUAGUUGUCUCCAUUAUCGGAGGCUCAUCUGGCGCCGGUCGUCUCAUCAUCAUUGCAUCGAUGAUCCUGUCCUUUGAGCUACCAUUCGCCCUCAUCCCUCUUCUCAAGUUCAGCAGCAGUAGCAACAAGAUGGGCCAGUGCAACAACUCCAUCUAUAUUGUUGGGUUCUCGUGGACGCUGGGCUUCAUUAUCAUCGGGAUAAACGUCUACUUCCUCAGCUCCAAAUUGGUUGGCUGGAUCCUCCACAACUCCCUGCCGAUCUACGCAAACAUCCUCGUCAGCAUUACCCUGUUCCCACUGAUGUUGCUCUACGUUGCCGCCGUGAUCUACCUCACCUUCAGGAAGGACACAGCCAAGUUCGUGUCUCGCCGCGAGCUGCAGGACAUCAACGACACCGAGAAAGCAAAGGUUGCCAACCAGGAUGGCAGCGAGGAUAACAGUCAAUAACUUAUCUGAUGCUUGCUAACGUGCAACUUCCAUUGAUUAGUUAGCUAAAUACAUUUGUUUAUUCAUAUUGAUUUGUUCGUUAGUUUUACGAUCAGAUAGUGAGUUACCAUA